GAAGUAUUGAACAGUGACUUUCUCACUUUUGUUUAGAGAUCUGUAUUAGAUCUCACCUUUUUCUCAUUCUCUUCUUCGGUAUAAAUUCCACUCCGUAAAAUCUCUAAGCAAAGAUAGGAAAAUCCAAAUCCGACAACAAAAAUUCUUUAAACAAUCAGGCUUAGAGAAGAAGAAGAGAGAAAUGGCGGCAAUCACAGUCCACCAGUUCGCUCAGUGCAUCACCUGCCACGCUUGGAGCCCAGAGCAAUCUAUGAUUGCUUUAUGCCCGAACAAUAAUGAAGUUCAUAUCUAUAGACUUUUGGAAGACAAAUGGGAGAGAUUGCAUGUUCUCCAAAAGCAUGAUCAAAUUGUUUCUGGAAUAGACUGGAGUGCUAGGUCAAACAGAAUCGUUACUGCGUCUCAUGAUCGGAAUUCUUAUGUUUGGAACCUAGAAGGACCAGAGUGGGUACCCACCCUUGUUAUUCUUAGGCUAAAUCGUGCCGCACUCUGUGUUAAGUGGAGUCCAAAAGAAAACAAGUUUGCUGUUGGAAGUGGAGCUAAAACUGUUUGUAUAUGCUACUAUGAGCAAGAGAACAAUUGGUGGGUCAGUAAACUUAUCAGGAAAAGACACGAAUCUUCUGUGACAAGUGUUGCUUGGCAUCCAAAUAAUAUUCUUCUUGCUACAACAUCAACAGAUGGAAAAUGUCGGGUUUUUUCCACUUUCAUUAAAGGUGUUGAUGCAAAGGAUUCAAGAAUAGGCCCUUCGGAUUCAAAGUUUGGAGAGCAAAUCAUUCAGCUUGAUCUCUCAUUUUCUUGGGCCUUUGGCGUGAAAUGGUCACCAAGUGGCAAUACCUUAGCAUAUGUAGCCCACAACUCGAUGAUUUACUUUGUUGAUGAUGUUGGACCAUCUCCUUUGGCACAAAAUGUUGCAUUCCGUGAUUUGCCUCUCCGUGAUGUUAUAUUUGUUUCUGCAAGACUGGUGAUAGGUGUUGGAUUCGACUGCAACCCAAUGGUUUUUGCAGCAGACCAACAAGGAAUUUGGAGUUUCAUCAGAUUCUUAGGUGAAAGGAAAACGUCUUCAGGUCCGAAAUAUGGUUCACAGUUUUCUGAAGCAUUUGGGAAGCUCUAUGGACAACCUAAGCAGGGCGUGAACAAUGAUGGAGUUGAACAUUCAAGAUCACGUGGUGACAUUCAUGAGAAUUGCAUAAAUUGUAUUGUUUCUCUUGGACAGCCAGGGAUAUCUACAGGCAAGCGCUUUAGCACUUCAGGAUUGGAUGGUAAAGUUGUUAUCUGGGAUUUGGAAGACCAAGCAGAUCUGUUUGAAUAUUUGUGAACCCUCAUCGUGAAGAACGUCGCGCGGCGCCGGUAAGAAAGAGGAUUUCUAUAUUGGUCUUGACUGGUGAGCAGCUCACAAUCAGUGGUAAUUUUUUACGAAAGCCUUCCAUACGAGUCCUAAUGAUUUUAGCUUUGUACUUCCUAUAUACGACGUUGGAUGUAACAUGUGUGCCCUUUUGCAAAUUCUGGCCGAAUCGUAACAUUUUAAAAGAAAACAACUCCCUCUGUCAUUUCAUGUUAAUAAGAAGUUUUUAGUUUGCUUCCUUUUAUCGUAUGUAAACACCUUUUUUGUUUUAAAUAAUUAUA